GUCUCACGGCAGUGUGCUGUUAGCAGCGUACGAAACACGAAUACCGAUACGAUCUACGAUAGACAAAUGGGAAAAUUUAAAUACUUGUUGGCCGCUUUGGUCGCAUUUGCACUGGUGGUUUAUCAAAAAAAUGCUAUCGACAUUAUCGUGGAGCCAGAAACAAUGCCCGAUGACGUUUGUUGGGGAGCCAAAUUCGACCAGACGAAAGACCGUAGCAACGCCAAAGAAGUUCGACCGUUCCUUAUAAACAUCACGAACGAAGUUAUCGCAGACUUGAAACACAGACUCACUAACACUAGACCGUUAGUAAAGCCGUUGCGUAGUGUGAAUUUCGAGUACGGCUUCAACAGCGAUCACUUGGCGAAGAUCAUUGAUCAUUGGUCGAAUCGAUACGAUUGGACGGCCAGACAGGCGUACUUGAACACAUUACCGCAGUUCAAGACCAACAUUUACGGUCUGGACUUGCAUUUCAUACACGCGAAGCCACCUGCGGAGUCCUCGGCCAGGGCGAUACCUCUACUUAUGCUGCACGGGUGGCCCGGUUCCGUCGUCGAAUUUUAUAAAAUUAUUCCUAUGCUGACCACUCCAAUUGCCGGUCGCAAUUUCGUGUUCGAAGUUAUAGCACCCUCGUUACCAGGUUAUGGGUUUUCGGACGCAGCCGCCCGGCCCGGCAUGGGUCCGGCGCAAAUGGGCCAAAUGUUCGUCAAGCUCAUGUCCCGGUUAGGCCACGAAAAGUUCUACGUCCAGGGUGGCGAUUGGGGAGCGGUCAUAACUGAAGCAAUUUCAAAGAUUUUUCCUAACAAGGUCUACGGCAUGCAUUCGAACAUGUGUUCGACUACUACAUCGUUGACACUGAACGAUUACGUUCGAUUGGCAUUGGGAACGUACUGGCCUUCGUUGAUCGUUAGCUCCGAGAGUGAAAAAUCCCGAACGUAUCCACUGAGUAAGAUGUUCUUUGGGUUCCUCGAAGAAUCCGGAUACAUGCAUUUGCAAAUGACCAAACCCGACACAGCAGGUGUCGCUUUGAACGAUUCGCCUGUCGGCUUAGCAGCUUACAUCUUAGAAAAAUUUUCCACUUGGUCAAACACGGAUUACAAAUAUCUACCGGACGGCGGUUUAUCCAAAUUCAAGAUGGACGAACUAUUAGACAAUGUCAUGAUUUACUGGGUGACUAAUUCCAUGACCACGUCGAUGCGCCUGUACUCAGAGUUCGCCAGUAACAAAUAUCGUGCUCUUCCGCACACAUUGGCCAAAGUUAAAGUUCCAGCAGCUUGUGCUAUUUUCCCGAACGAAAUGCCGAUAGCGUUAGCACUGAAGACGCUUUUGAAUCGUAAAUUUGAAAAUUUAGUCAGAGCUACGGAGAUGAAGGAAGGUGGGCAUUUCGCCGCGUUUGAACAACCCAGACUGUUGGCAAAUGACAUUUGGUCGACGGUUUACGAGAUGGAAAGCAUAAGAAUCAAUUCAUUUUAAUAUUAUUUAUUUUAUUUUUGUAUAUCACGAUAUUAUUAAAUAUAGGAACAUAUUUUUUUUAAA